AUGGUGGCAUGGGACCAGACGAUUUACUGCGGCGAGCAGCGCGGCGCGGCGAGACAUAGAGCCUGGCCCGUGUUGACCAGAGAUGGCCAGGCCAAGACCAGGGGUGACAAGAUGGCAGAUGUUCUUGGGAAAGUGGCAGUGGUUGUCUCGACGUCAGUCCACGAAGGCCUGAUUCAAGAGAGUGAGCGCGUUCCACCCCCUUCCCUCAAGCAGCCCGCCGAGGUUGGUUUCAGAGAGCUCGCGGGCACCCAGACUGCCCUCCCGCCCACUGCAGAUUGGGUGCCGCAAAUCGGCGCCUUCUGA